CUAUAUUCUACGUCUACUACAUUUACAGUGUACUAGCUAUAUUCUACAUCUACUACAUUUACAGUGUACUAGCUAUAUUCUACGUCUACUACAUUUACAGUGUACUAGCUAUAUUCUACGUCUACUACAUUUACAGUGUACUAGCUAUAUUCUACGUCUACUACAUUUACAGUGUACUAGCUAUAUUCUACGUCUACUACAUUUACAGUGUACUAGCUAUAUUCUACAUCUACUACAUUUACAGUGUACUAGCUAUAUUCUACAUCUACUACAUUUACAGUGUACUAGCUAUAUUCUACGUCUACUACAUUUACAGUGUACUAGCUAUAUUCUACAUCUACUACAUUUUACACAGUAAAAGGGCACAAUAACCAAGAUUACUUUUAUAGCAUGAAAUCUGUUCCAAUCCAGUUAUUUAUCAAUAAAUAAUAAAUCCAAGCUAUGGCAUAGUUGUCCUUUUCAUUAGAUUCUGGCAGCACAGUUAACUGUGAAAGACAAGAAAACAACGUCCUGGUGAGACAUUAACCACGCCAUGUGAAUGAUUGAGGGAAUCAGCAUAACGUUUAUGCCAUUGUUGUGAAUGAAUGUCUGACUCAACAUGUCAAUACACACUGAAGACUUUGAUCUGAAACUACAGGAGAAAAAGUUGUUGAAAUCUGCUACCUUUGCCAAUGUACUUGGGAGAGACUGAAAGUCGAGUUCGUUUUGGUUGCAUACAAUCAGACACGGAGGGUUCUACCUAUGGGCACUGGGCUGUUUGUGAUGGCCGUGUCUCAGUGGAUGUUCUGUGCUGCAGUGCUGCUCCUCCUCGUCCAGGGGCUCCAGUGUUCUCCGACUCCCCCUGCCUGUCCUGAGUCCUGCCUUUGUCAGAGAGGUCCUCUGUUAAACUGUUCCUCUGCUGGCCUUUCCAAGGCCCCACAACACAUCCCUUCCACCGUAAAUGAUCUAGACCUAUCUCACAACCUCCUGAACUCCCUUGAACCCUCGUGGCCAAGUUGGGGGCUUAAUAAUCUAUGGCUUGGACACAACAGCAUCACUCACCUGUCUCUGUGUGUGGGGAGGAACUGGAGGGGUAAACAUGGGAGAAUACCCCUCUCACACAACAGAGGAAGAUGUGUAUCCUGGGCCCCGGCCCUGCAGCUGCUGUCUGCUGAGAGGAACCAGCUAGAGAUGAUCCCUGAGGGCCUGGGAGGCAGUGAGUUCCUGCAGGUGCUUCAGCUCUCCCACAACAGGAUCUCUGGCCUGCAACCUGGAGAUCUUUGCAGGUGCCCCCAUCUGAGAGAGCUUUGCCUGCAGCACAACCACAUAUCCAACCUCCACCCACACGCCCUCAAGGACCUCCCAGAGCUCAGGGUCCUUGAUCUGAGCUUCAACCUGUUGACCACAAUCUCUCCAUCCGCCUACCUGUCGCUACGUAACCUGAAUGCCCUGGUGGAGGUGAGUGGUAACAGGUGGAGGUGUGACUGCAGCCUGCGGAGCGUGAGGCGGUGGAUGGCCUACGAUAGGCAAAGGGCCCAACAGCAGAUCUGGAGGGGGAUGGUGUGUUCCUCCCCCUCCACCCACACAGGAGACCUGUUACACUUGGAGGACAGUGACCUCACCUGCUCUACAGCAGAGAACAGGGAGGGGCUCCACCAGGAUGUGACAGUGACUGAGGGGACAGAGAUCCUGCUGCCCUGCGGCACCCUGCGGCAAGAUUCAACAUGGUGGACGACUAAUGGACAAGUUUCUGGAAGUCAGAUGGGCCUGCUGAUCAGUGACAUCACAGAGGAAGAUGCAGGGCUGUACGUGUGCAUGUCUGGGCCAGAAGAGCAGUAUAUAUCUGUAUUCAACAUCCAUGUUCAUAAGACACAGAGGAAAAGCAGAGGCACCAGGAGUUUACACAGGGAGAGGAAGCUGAUACACACAGAGGUAGGCAGCCUACAGAGGGAGGAUCAGGGGACAGACCUGAACUCUCUAGAUCUCCACAGGGCUUCUCAGAGAACACAGUCUGACCUGGUCCUGGCUGUCUGCCUGUCUGUAUUCAUCACCUUCCUGUUAGCAUUUAUACUUGGUGUUCUUUCCAGACCUCUCCUGGACCCUCUCUGGAAGAGGUGCUGUAACCGUACCAAGCAAAGCUCCUCCCCAGCCCAGUCGGUCUCCUAUGCUGGGCAGGGACCCUACGACAAUGGCGCCUAUUCAGAUGAGGCGCAGGAGGAACUAGGAACACACAGGGAGAGUCGUGUGACAUUCAGAGGACAUCCUUCAGAAAUAAGGGAUCAGAGUAGCAUUACAUACUAUGAUACGGUGGCCAAUGGCAGACAGGACAACCUCGCUGGGGAAUAUGAUGCAACAUAUGAGAAUGUUUAUGCAAAGGAUAUCUCACACCCCUCCCUUGAGGUCCAUCACCCACCUGACGAGAAGCCCAGGGCACAGGACUCUGUCAGCUCAGGCAGCUCCCAACAGGACAGCCCAGAGACAGACACACAUAGUGGAGAACUCUCUGAUGUCUCUCUGAGUGAACCACAAGUGGGUGCUCACCCAGUCCAUACCCACCAUGGCAUGGAGUUUGAACCCAUCCCUGACCCAGAACAGUUGCAGGGAUAUCGAAGCUCGUCCGUGUCUUCACACUCUGACCAGGAGAGGCCGGAUAGGGAUCAGGAUAUGCACUGGCCCAAAAACUAUUUGGCUCAAAGAUUGGAAGAGAAGUGCAAGACCCAGAACAAUCCCUGGGAACAUCAAUCUCUCCAGAAGGAAGAUGACUCCUUUGAGCAGAGUUCAGAUUUCCCUAUGGUUAAACAAGUUGAUGUGCCACAGAUCAAGAUCGGCAGUGUGGGUGAGAUCGCUGGAUUUACAGCUGAGCCCUUUACAGAUUGGAAACCAAUCAAGGCAGAUACAAACCCCAUGGAGCCUGAGCUGUGGAAUGACAGUGGAGAGAUCUUUGAGUUCCCUGAUUCUAUCCGAGGUGCAUCGGGACAGUCCAGCAGUCAAGAUCUCUCAGGUUCUGCUUUUGACGAUCAGUUGAGAAAGUAUGAACAAGCUCGGAAUGAAGAACCGCUGGUGAAAGACCAGAGGGAGAAUAAUAAUCUGCUGGAGCUGAACCUAAGUUACAGUGGGAAUGAACCUACAGUGUACACUGUGAACCCAGAGACGGAGGUAGUGAAGGAGAAGAUGAUUGUCCAGAAUGUGGGUGAACUUAUACAGGAAGUUCAGAGUGCUCUGAAAACACAGGAGUGCUAUGAUAUGUCCAGUGAUCGUGGGGAUGAACCCACAAAGUGCACCGUGAGCGAGGAGGAUUCAGCUCAAGUUCCAGAUGUCAUGUACAGGGAUCCAUCUCUCAGUCUUGGAGACACGGUCUCUUUGGUGCCAAGGAAAACUCUCAAUAUUGGCUUUAAGAAAUACACCAAGCCCCUUCCACAGCUGUCUUUGCCAAAAACAUCCCUCCCUUUCUCCACCUCUUCAGAUUCUCAAACUCAACUUUAUGUCCCCCCACUUGGGAGACGUCUGGAUAGCCAUCUCCCUCAGGAAGCUCCACCUGCUGCCCCAAGAACACCCCCACCCUCUGGUUCAUCCUCUUCUAGAACCGGGAGCGAGGAUGAGACUACAAUGAACCGAAAAAGAGAAGAGAAAGCUAAGAUCCCUGACGUCACAUAUAGGGAUUACUCUCUCAGAUCUGGAGACACAUCAACUAAAGUAUCUUUCUCUCCAAGAAAAUAUCUAAAUAUGGGCUUUUCCAGCGAGAGUUCUCAAUAUCAACAUGAGUCUGUGACAAGGUACGAGAGUGUCACCAGAACAAAGGGUGUAGACUUUGAUGAAGACAGCAAGCUUCGUCCCAAAAUGUCUUUGCCCAAAACAUUACUCCUUUCCACCACCUCCUCAGACAGGGUCAGAGCUGAGGAGCCAUCAGUUAAAAUCUACAUCCCUGGACUUAGGAGGCGUCAGAAUAUUCAGCCCCCUCAGGAAGCUCCACCUGCCAAAUCAUCCUCUUCCAGCUGUGAGAGUGGAGAUGAGACUCCAAAACACACAAUGAAACCAGCUAAAGCCAUCACAGAUAAUUUUUCCCCAAGGAGAACACUCAAUACCAGCUUUAACAACUCAGCCAGUACCACAGAUGAGGUGGAGAGGAAGUCCGAAGCAGAGGACAGGUGGGAUCAGCCAAGGCUUGGUAAAGUGCAGGCGCUGUCAGAGAGGACACGAAGGGACACAGAGGAAAGUUCUACAGACAUGAAUGUUUCUUUCUCCCAAAUAAGAGCGCUCAAUAUCAACUUUGAUGCCUCAGACAGCAGCACAGACGAGGUGGGGAGGAGUACCGGAGCAGACUACAGUAACCCUACUGAAGAAAUCAGUCCCUCUCCCCAACUGUCAUUGUACAAAACAUCACACUUUUUCUCCACCCCCACAGAUGAGGCGAGGCCUCGAGGAGAGUAUUCACUCCAAAUUCCCCUACACAGGAAUCGCUUAGUUGUAGACAUCCAGCCCCCCCUGGCUCUACCGGAUGCCCCAACAACACCUCCACCAUCCCCAGAGGGAGAGGAGGCAGCAGGGCCUGGAUGGAGGAGUAGGGAACAACAGAUAAGAGCCAUGGAUGGAUUUGGCUGUAACUCCAUGACACAGGGAGACCGGAGCUAUAUGGGGUUAGUGGUUGCUAAACCAUUCGGCAUAUCUCGUCCAUAUCAGAGCGUUACCUCAGAAACCAUUAUGACCACCCGGUGUAGUGAGGUCUCUACCUCUGGUGACCUCAAUAUGACCUACUCCAACUCCCCCCCCCUCCAUUUUGAAACACACAAAGAGGGCAGUGAAGCUUGAGAGCUACAACUGUAAUUGUUUGUACUGAUUUAAAGAAAUCACCUGAGAAGUUAAUGCAGCAGAUGAAAGUUGUUAAAACGUAAGUUUAUUUUACAGAAUUAUACUGUUAUUACAUUGUUGUAAAUGAGUGUAACACCAGACAUGUUUGUCUUAAUGAAAAUAGCUGUUGUGUAAGUGACUGAAUUAUUUCAGACUGAGGCAAAUAAAAGGUGGGACCAUUAAAACCCAAUUUCCCAGAUUCAUAUCCACCUACUUUACUCACUCAGUACCCUACUCCCCUCUAUUUUGCUACAAAAUCCUCUUCAUGACACUAUCAUAAAUAAACCUGUAAUGAAAGUCGCCCAUAUUGUGUUUGAUGUUUUUAUAUCAGUUGAUCUAUAGGUACCUGGAUAAUAAGGUGCACACAUGACGUGGUAAUUACUGUGGUAAUGCAAUAGUAAAAAUACAUUAGGCCUACAGUAGCGGAAUCAAACAUGAUCCUGUGCAAUUUAAAAACACAGAACGAACAUCUCAUCACAAACCACAUUUGAAUCUUUCUGUAAAGGAAGAUGGCAAAGCAAAAAUGAAUGACAACAGUAAGUUAAUAUAGAGAUACUGUAGGUUACAGUGAAAACACAUACUGUACAUACAUAUAGUCAGGACAGGGUUGUUCAACCUCCUGCAUUACCAAUGUAGAACACCAUCUGAAUUAGACUUAUUAGUGUGCAGUCCAGCCACUAGCUCCAUCUCCAAAAACCUAAUAUAGACAAAUAUACUGAUGACUGGACAGGACAGCCAAAGCAUCAUGGAUCACUGAUAGGUGGAGAUCUCAUGUGACCUUACUACUUCAUAAAUUGAUCCAUUUACUAUAUAUGCUUUAGUUGUGGAUAAGAUGCCACUGGGUUUGACAUGUCAAAAGAUCUGACAUUCUUACAACGCAGUCUCAUGUUAAUUUCAGUUCAUGUCCAUUUGUUUGAGAGAAUGACUUUGUUGUUUUUACUGUGUGUGAUAGGGGGAGGGGUUGGCAAAUGAAGGAGGGAACUCCUCUUCCUCAAAUGAGGUUACAUGUGUGUUUCAGCUCUGAAUAUACACAAUAAUGGUUUUCAUAAAGCAUUAAGACAACAUGGAGGAUAUCAAAUGAAGCACAAAUUCCUGUACAAAAAAUAAAAGUUUUCAAAAAUCUCAUCCAUUCUGACGUUUCACUCAUGACAAUUGAGCGUCACAUCACAGCCAGAGAAAAGUUUAUACAUGUGUUACAAGAACAUUAGCAAAAGCAUAGCAUUGUCACAGGGGUCAAACUCUAACCCUUCAAUGUCCAUGGUCUAACUCUAACCCUUCAAUGUCCAUGGUCUAACUCUAACCCUUCAAUGUCCAUGGUCUAACUCUAACCCUUCAAUGUCCAUGGUCUAACUCUAACCCUUCAAUGUCCAUGGUCUAACUCUAACCCUUCAAUGUCCAUGGUCUAACUCUAACCCUUCAAUGUCCAUGGUCUAACUCUAACCCUUCAAUGUCCAUGGUCCAUGGGUCUAACUCUAACCCUUCAAUGUCCAUGGUCUAACUCUAACCCUUCAAUGUCCAUGGU